GUCCAACAGCGAGACUGAAUUGUUCCAGUCCGGUCAAUCUAUAUGAAGAAAGCAACUUCGCAUGUUCAUGCAGAGCUGAAAAUGGUAACCCUCCAGCCAGUGUCACUUGGUAUAAUGAAGAUGAAGUACAGUUAGUUCAUGGGUACGAUGAGCAAACACUCAUUCUUAAAAAUGUUAGUGGAAAGGACAGUGGAACCUAUAAAUGUGUGGCCCGAAGUCACACUUUGUCAAAUAACAAAUCAAUUGAAGUAAUGGUAAUACUAAAUUAUAAACCAAAUGUUACAUCUGUCAUGUUCGAAACAGAAGAGGCUGUUCUUGGUAAACCACUUGUCGUAUCAUGUGUAUCAAAUGGUCUUCCUGAACCAGUUUAUUCCAUAUUCCAUAAUGGUUCUCUGGUCAGUUCAGGAGGACCAUACAAGAUCCCAGAAGUAGAGUGGAAACAUGCUGGGAUAUAUACAUGCAAUGCAAGGAAUAAACUUGGGAGUCAUUCAGGGUCUGCCAAUUUAACCGUAGUAGCAAAAGGAACAACGACCAAACCUACGAACCCAUCAACAACCACAGCAACCACAGCAACCAUUGGUGAUAACGGAACAGAUCCGAUUCCACCUACAGUUAUAAGUUUCACAUCAAUUCCAAAAAAGACUUUACUUGGAGAAUCAGUUGUAAUAACAUGCGAAGCUCUUGCUGUUCCUCUACCAAGAUACACCAUAAUCCAUAACGAUACUGUGGUCGUCAGUACCCACAAGACGUAUAUUAUAACAGUUUUAAAAUACAGUCAGGCUGGGUCCUACAAAUGCAUUGCAACAAAUCAAUUUGGAAAUAGUUCACAGGCCUUCAAUUUGUCUGUUGUUGAGUUACCAACAACGAAGAUUCCUGAUACGAAGUCAAAAGCUUCUGCAAAAGAGAUAACAGCUGCGUGGUAUAUUAUUUUGGUUUUAUUGCUGACCGGAUUUAUCAUUGGAUGUAUUUUCUCUUUCAUUAUCUAUCAUUCCCGUCGAAAAAUUCAAAGUAGAAAAACGCAAUCAAGCCCAGAGUCCCCAACUACAAUAUCUCGCGUUGAUUCAACUUAUCAAGAACUGGAUCUGAGAAAAAUGAACACAGAAGAGAAUUAUCAAUCGUUGGCUGGGAAUGCUGCUGCAAGAAACAAAGUUGGAGAUGAAUGUGAUAACUCAACUUACACGGAGCUGAACACAUCCAGAGAUGAGGGGAACAAUUAUCAAUCUUUAACUUCAUGUUAGAAGUAAAAUGGAGUUUCCAGCUUAGCUAAGCCUUGUAAUAUUGCUUAACAAGGGCCUUUUUCGCCGGAAACCAUGUAAAUGGUUAG